AUGAAGGCCGCUCAAGAUCGCCAGAAGUCUUAUGCCGACUUGGGAAGAAAACCAGCGGAGUUCCAAGAAGGGGAGAAAGUGUGGCUGAAGAUUUCACCAUUUAAAGGAGUAAUGAGAUUUGUGAAGAAAGGGAAGCUGAGCCCUCGAUUCAUCGGUCCCUAUGAGAUCUUAGAGAGGGUUGGGCUAGUGGCGUAUCGCCUAGCUUUGCCGGCAGAGUUGGACCGAGUACAUGACGUAUUCCAUGUUUCCCAGUUGAAGAAGUACGUACAUGACGCUUCUCACGUGAUUGCACCAGAGAUCCUGGAGUUAGACGAGAUGCUAUCCUACGAAGAGAAACCAGUGAAGAUUCUGGAUUUCAAAACCCGAGAGACUCGUCGCAAAGCAGUCAAGCUGGUGAAGGUGUGUUGGUCGAACCAUGGAGUCGAGGAGGCCACCUGGGAGAUGGAGGACGAGAUGAGGAGGCGUUACCCGGCUUUAUUUGACCUAGGUGCUUUCGAGAUGGGUGAGGUUCUUGGUACGAGAUCGGUGGUGAACUCUACUUCUCUUUCCGGCGGCAUUUUCGUGAGGUCGUCGGGGAAAUACGUCAGGAAUUCGCGUAUAACUGGGAUUCGAUUAAUCUCAGGUUCUUCUACUUCGGCAUCUUACAUCAAACAGAGAUAUGCUACGCAUCCCUGGUGA